AUGGCGGCAUGUUCCUUUACCAAGCUUACUGCGUGUUCGUCAUUGCUUCAAAAGUGCUGCUGGAGGUGGAAAGAAUGUACUCAGAAUGGCUUUUUGAAUAGUUCUUGCGUUGUUUCAGGUAUGGAGUCAUAUCUUUUUGCACCCUGCAGCGUACCCUAUUAAAAAGGCCAUGCAAAAUUUAGCCAGACUGCAUUUCGUUUUUGUUCACAAAAUGUCGUGUCUGUGUGUAAGAAUUAUUCUUCAGAAAAGUAUGUGCUUUGAACUGUCUAAAAGCACUAAAUCCUAGCCCAACCAGCCAGCUUUACGCGUAUGUUAUCAGCCUGCCCCGGGCGUAGGACCCCGCUUAAGAUGGCAGGUUUUCGAAUAGAGAGCUUGGGGUUUUUUCUUCAAAGAAGCCAAUCGUAUUUGGACCCUUCAGAAAAAGGAAGUCCCGACUGAGGAGCCAUCAAAUCGUUGAGCCACUAAACUAUACUACCUCAGCUGAAUAGCCACCGAGAUAUAAGACACAUAUUGACAGACAUAAAAGGAUGUAAAAGUAUAAACUUUUAAGAGCAAAUAAAGAUAUGUAGUUUCAUGUCUAGGUGGCUCAGUAUCUUGCAGCUCAUCAGUUGAGGUUAGCGUCUUAAAACGAAAAGUAUAUAUUUUAGUGGCUUGGCAGUGUGGUGGCUCUUUCAGACAAUGUUAUAUAGUUAACCUUCAAGACAAGACAAGACAAUGCUUUAUUUGGAGCCUUAUACAGUCCUAUGUACAUCAACUUUAUCCAAAUAAUAAAUUUAAAAUCAUAACACAAAUUACACACUAUUGGAACUAUAAUCAAUGUUAACCUAAACAACUAAUGAUCUUCUUUUCUCAUAGCAGUCAAAUAUGUAGGGGCGGGGGGGGUUGAUGAAUAGUGAAACUAAAUUAUGGUUUCUUUAAGGUGUGAGAUACUACAGAGGAAGUAACAGAAAUACAAGAAAGAGAGAAAGGAAUCUUAGACAAAAACUAAUAAAGAGGGAAGCCACUGAGCCAAAGUAAGUGUUUUUCAGCUACAUGUAUUUUCCUCUUUAUGUAUUCUUACAAGGCUAAGGCAACUGAUUGUCUUUGAUAUUUGUUUCGUUUCAUAGAGUGUUUGACAAGAAGGAAUUUUUCAGGCAAAACUACGACAGAGAAUUGUUUUCCUUCAAGAGCAGGCUUGGCUUAACAUUUAACGAUGACAACACCCUCCUAACUGCUUUAACUCAUGAAUCAUUUAAGGCAGAUACAAUUACUGAUGAUAGUGGGGAUAAUGAAGCAUCAAUUCAGAUUAGUGAACAUAAUGCAAGGUUGUCAUUGUUAGGUUAGUUUUGUUUCUCACAAACUUGCUCUACAUCCAUGACAGCUUCUGUUUUAUUCUCAUUAUUACACUUUUUCCCCUUCAUUACCAGGAAAUAAGUUUUCAUUAGCGUCAAAAUAUCAGGUGACAAAAUAAAUUUGUAAUCAUUGCAAAAAAAAGUAAACUAACAUCUGAAUUUUUGUGCGGUCAAUAAUUAUAGAUUUUUACAUUGAGAAGGACAUUCAAUGAUGCCAAUUAAUUUUCAGCUUAAUGGAAAUGAUAAUCAUUCGAGAUAAUAGAGAAACAUAUGCAGCAUCUAAGUGUUCAUUAACAUCAAUACAUUAUCAUUAUCAACAGAGAUUAUUAGUGUUGGAAAAAAGGUUCAUGAUAAAACGCUAUAGAUGCGCCUUAAUGAUUGUUCUUCUUGAAAAAAUCUUUAAUGACUAUGCCAGAAAAAUAAAACAUUUGCUUCCAUAGCUAAACGGUUUAUAUAUUAAUUUCAUUGAAUAAUAUUUUCACAUUAAUAAAAGUUUAUUUCCUGGUACUGAAGGGCCAAAUUAAAGUUGUAGUAUUAUAAUUAUUGUUAUUUAAUUUCUAGAGGAGAAUGUUACUUUUAUAUUGUACAUUUUCCUGUAAGACAAUCCCAAGACCUCUCAUCAGUAUUUCAUUAUGCUGUAAUUACUAUGGUCUCAGUACAUAGGGUGUACUUCAGCUGCAUUAGCCCUGAUAAAUAAUAAUAAUAAAGGUUUAAAGCUUGUUUAUAGUGGAAAGUGCACUUAGCUUAUCCAGCAGCUAGUUUACAGGCACUCCACUCAAAUACUUAGAAACCGAAUAAUUCAAAUACAACAUAACUGGCAGGAGGCAACCACUUGGCUGUUUGCCAAAGAUUUAAACUCAGAAUGACCUAGAACAAAUCCAGCAAGUGGCCAGAGCAGGAUUCAAACCUGGGACUGCCAGAUUGCAUGUCUGAUGCACUGACCACUCAGCCAUGCUGCCUCCUUGUUAUUACUAUUAUUAUUAUUAUUGUAAAAACAUUUUAUUUAGGCACUUUAAUUUAUUUGAAUUUUAUUUUUUUAAGUUGAGAUAAUAUUUAAUUCUAGCUCUACAUUAAUUUUUAGGACUGACAGCGUCGUCAUUGUAUAUAGUGGAUCACCUUUGUAGCACCUACCCUUCCCUUCCCCGCUUAGGGGUCAGGUAAGCUCUUACCACGUAGAUCAGAUAACUUAACAUAGUAGUAUAUAUACAUCCUUUCUGCUGGUUGUGCUUUUUUACAAAAUUGGUUCAGCUUCAAUUAUCGUAUAAUCUUUCCCCUUUCUUUUGCAGGUGCUUUCAUGAUUUUCUGUUAGGGCGAAGUAACAUAGUUAAAUUAGCCCAACAAGUUUCUCUACCCGACAUGAUAAGACUUGAGGUAAAAAUCAAUAUUAUCCCUACUUACUAGCAGUAACUAAAAGUUAGGAAGUGCAGGCGAACAUGUGUGUUUAUCUUAAAGUAACGUACGUGAAUCAGGGAAAGCCCUGUUAGUUCCAGUGUCAACAAAAGGAAUCAUGGAAGAUCAUAAACACGGAAACUGAAUGAACAACACAGUAAACAAGAUUCAUGUUGAAUUCAACGAUUUUAUAUACAGUGGCUUAGAUACGAUAAUAGCCUGCAAAUGGUGAGAAGUGAGGAGAGACUGCUGUAUUCGCAGGCAAAGGUACAAUGAAAGCAGCAAUUAUGCGUGACAUAAACAGUGCUCAAUGUGGAAUGUACAUGUAUACAGUCAUGACUACUUGAAGUCUUAUUAUUCAAUUGGAUAUUCAGUUCAUGUUCAUUGACCAAAGGUCGUUGUAAUGUAAUAGAAAAUCAUGAAAAAACUUAUUGAAGCUUUCAGAUGACAAGCAACUUAACGUGCUUAUAAUAUAAAACCAUGCACGGUAGUGUAACCUGAAUGGAUUUAUAUACUUUGCAGUCACUAGUAUCUUAUACCGAAGACUCAUCCUUCACUAAGCUGAGAUCAGGCUGCUCUAGCCAGCAAGUUGAAUGAAAAAGUCUUGCAUUUAGUAUGUUACGUGUAUACCUGAAUGUGAUAUGUACAUUUUCAAAUUGAACAAUUAUUGUAGUUGUAUCACUUGUGUUUGCAUUCACGUGAUUACUGUGACAUCAGAUGGACCUUAAACUCAACACCAGGGCCUUCUUGGCCACAUACCAUGCAUAUUAGUAGGCAUUAUUAGUAGGCAGUAGUAAACCUCGCUAUACCGUUUAUAAUGUGCUGCUGACCAAGAAUAGUCUGCAGGCUCCUCUUGUCGCAUGCAAUUAUUAGUAAAUAUGUAGAUUUAUAAUGAUAUAAUAGUACUGGUAUAAACUCAUUCUUUAUUGAACUGUGGGUAAGAUGUUUGUCGGACACACAUUGUAUUUCCAGUGUCAAGCAUGGGUUUAUACAGUGUAGGUGCAGAGAGUAAAAGACUGGAAAAAUAAUGAAUGUAGAAACGAAUGAAUGGUCAAGUAAGCAAGCAACAGAAUGAAUAAAUAUAUAAUAAAAUAACAAGACAUGUCUACAUACUGCAUCACAUCAUCUUCUCUAUGCAUCCUUUGGGAAUGAGUUGUCUCCUGAUUGGUUGAGAAAUUGCUGCCUUCAUGUCCAGGUAGUAAUAAAAAAUCAAAGCAGUGAAGAAAUUUUUUUUUAUUUAAGACUUGACUGAAAAAUAACCUUAUAGGAAUAAUAUUUUAUUUUUUAUAGCAUGACCUAGAUGACUUGCAUAAAGAGAAGCAUCUUGAUUUCAGGAAGGAGGAUGUGGUUUGUGAUACUUUCUUUGCACUUGUGGGAGCAAUAUAUGUUGAUCAGGUACCUAAUAGCAAUUUUCUCUUUUACUGCUGGUAUUAAAAAGAAAACUCACAGACACAAGCAGAACAUUGAUUUGUUGCCCCUUUAUAAAUAAACAUGAUUGUGUCACAGCAAGGCUGCUGCCUAAUGGGCACCCAGUCACAGAGGCACCUACGAUCUGCCUGCAGGUGACCACAAUUUCAAACAAGGAGCUCGUAGGGGCACCUAAAACUUAUGUAAGUAAGUAAGUAAUAACUUUAUUUAACGAGGGUAAAGACAUUGAUUACUGGUCACCCAGUAGUUUUCAUAAUGGCCCUCCUACAAUUAAAGUAAUAAAAAGUAUCGAUUAUUUAAUUAACUACCCAUAUAAUCUACCAACUAAACUUACAUAAUAAACUACUAUUAAUACAAUAUUGAUUAAUUGACUACUAAUGAAACUAAAAGGUUUUACAAAUCUUAAAAUGAUCAAGAGAAGAAAUCAAACUACGUUAAAGUUUAAAUAAGUAAUUUUUAAAAUUAGUAUGGGAGAGUGUCUUAGGUUCGGGAUCAAGAGCGUUCCACAAACGGCAAGCGCUUGAUUGAAACGUUCGAAGGCCAGAGUUCCUUUUACAAGCUGGUGUUGUAAUAUUGUUAUUGGAAACGGAUCUCGUGUUAUGAUUAUGGGUGUUACUUAUAUGUUCAAUAUAUUUAUACUUUAUAUGAUGCUUACAUGUAUGCCAACUUUCAGUGAACGAAUGGCAAAAUUUCCUGCUCAUUCUGCUUUUGUGAAACUAAAACCUAAAAUGUCUGGUCAUUGGUCACAGGCAAAAUAAAAUCUUUUUCACAAAUAAAAAGUAAACAUUUUAGCUUCCUUGACUUCCACUGGAGUGCAGUUAAAGUUUCCCAUCUGAAAAUGAUCUUGAAUGAAUUUCACAGUCUUAGAAAAACCUUCAGGACUUUUCUCCCAGCUUUUUGCUUUUAGAAACGUUAGGUCGCUACUGUAUGUACUAAAAAGUUGCUAUGCGAAUGAAGCUUUGGUCAAACGGGCAACCAAAACAUGCAGCUUAUUUUCAAACAUUUCUGCAAAAUGACUUAAAGAGCGAUGUUGCACGUUUUGCCAUCCACGUUCGAACCUGUUAACAACCUUAUAUGUUGCAAGAAAGGUUUGAUGUGGGUGGUAUUGAUCAACUAAUACAUGUAUGUGCCACCACUUGUGUGCUAGAAGAUUGACAUGUUAAUAAAGUCAUUGCUUUUUUUAAUGGGCUCUUAGAAAUAGGGCUUGGGCUCCUAACUUAUCAUUUUAGGAGCCUGAAGGGCAGCAGCCUUACCCAGCUUCUCAUUUCAGCAAUUGAGCACUAAAAUCAAGUUAACAUCUCAUUCAGCUUGUCUCAUAAUGGCACAUGAAAUAUAUUGUGAAACCUGUGGUAUGAAAAAAUUGUUUGGUAUAUCAGAUCCUUUCUUCACAUUAAUUUCAUAUUUCAUCCUUCUAGUUACAUUGUAAGUGUGCUUUUUCACAACUCUGUAUGCAAAUUUAUAGUGUUUUGUACAUCUAAGUACCAGUAUUUCUUCAUUAAUAUAAGAUCAGAGAAAAGUCAUGCUUAUAAUUUACAUAUACAUGUAGCAAUGAAAACAGUAAUAGCUAUCAAUAUGUUGUUUUCUAACUUUUGCUUGAUUUAAAUGUCUUCAGGGGUGUUCUGAAGCAAGGAGAUUUGUGGAAGAUUUUAUUAUUACUCAACUUCAAGGAGAAGAGCUUGAUAAAAUUCUUCACUUUGAUUUUCCCGAAAAAGUCCUGCAGAAUAUCUUUGCCAUUCAGGGAAAAGAGAAACCAGAAGCAAGGUAACCUCACAAGACACCAGUACUUAUUGAACUCUUUUUGGACUCUCUGUAGCAAAUUUAGCCUUGGCCGAACAAAGUGUUUAAUGCCAAUUUGUUUGACCAAGGCCGUAGUUUAUAAUUUGCAUUUCGCACGUACAUGUAUAUAAUUCAUUGUUUUGGAGGAGGUAGGCAAAGGAGUCGAAGAAUCUUGAAAAGGUCAGUAGCUCUCCAGACAUGGUCUGUGAUUGGAGAAUGAUGAUUCAGCACAAACAAUAUCCCUAGCCCCCCAAAAAAAACAAAAAAACCUACUGCUUAUUUAGGCCAAUGAAAACAGAGGUCUGGAAGAGCUACUGUACUACUCAGAAUCUUACAUGGGGAAACAGGGCUGUCACUAAUGACAGACCCUUUGUAAAAUGUGACCUUGUAUGUACAUUGUGUAUGUACUGAAAACAGAAAUAAAAAUCUCUCAAAAUUUUACAUUUAAAAUUUCUUGACUGUGUAAAAAUAGGAAUGCAUUAUGCUUUGUUUAUAGUGCACGUGAAGACUUUGCACUUACAUGUAGUGACCCUCAGUUUGCUCAAAUAAUUUGACACAAAUAAUCCAAAAAAGUAGCAGGAUUAAAAAUCCUUAGUGGCCGGAGUUAAACGUUUUUCUAUUUUGUUCUAUUUUAUGAAGUAUAAUUUUGUGAGCAUUGGAACCAACCUUAAGGUGGCUUAACACAGUUUGGUCGGUCGUGAGUCGUUACUAUAGAUUGGGAUGUUUUUUGAGACUCGUUGCAGGUAUUAGGCUCAAAUUUGAUACGGACAAACUAUAUUUAUAAGACAUUACGUUUAUUAGGUUAAACGUAAGAUUUCGAUCAUUGCCAUGGCAACAUGGAUGGUUUAUAACAAGCCUAAAAUUAAGAAUUCAGUAGGUUAACGAAAAAUCUAGUCAUUAGAUGUUCGUAUGAAUUUGCACACUGGUUACAAAUUAUGAUCCUCAUUUCCUAAAAACAACUUGACCGAACUGUAACAAACAGUUUUUGAAAUUUUUAACAAAAAUAUUAUUAAUAGCUAUCGUGAAAUUUGAUUGCGUCACAAAAAUCCUUUGUUCAACUUUUAUCUUCGGGCUUUCAAUGACUGAGGUGCGAUAUUGACAAGAGUUUUGUCUCAUUUCGUCAAAAUAAUUCUAAUGAGUUGAUUUUGAGAUAAUAUCUCAAAAUCAACUCUUUACAUUGUCUAUGAAAGUCAGCAAAACAAGCGCCCCCUCAUAUCCCCUAAGUACGCUUGCUCAACACUUUUGCGCGCGCGGAAACAAUUGUGUCGGUGAAAUUUCUUGGCGUGCGCAACUCUAUGUCAGAGAAACUGUAUUCAGCCACCUCUAAACAAAUUGGGGUGAGAAAUUAAAUUGAAGCUGCUUUCAGAGUGCCUGUAAACGUCCAGACUAUGCUAUUAUAUAGGUCUUCUGAUGUUCAUGCUUAGCAUAUUAUGUUAUUGUUGAACAGACUCAUUCAGCAAAGUGGUUUAAACACACUUGUACCUGUUUACGUGGUUGGUGUGUUCACUGGAGAUAAGAUGAUCGCAGAAGGUAAAGUACUCGCAGAUUCUACAGAUGUAUGUACUACAUUCGUGUAUUUUGUAUCUUGGUACAUAAAGAUACGGUAUUUUCAAACUGCUAAAACUCAAGAACUCCUUUAAGAAUUAUCUGUUGGUACAACUGUAAGGACCUGUUCCUUGUAUGGCGACCUUAAGGCUACUGUUACUGAGGGAACUUCCCUUUAAAAUAACAUUCACCAUUUUCACGUAGACCACAAUUCACCUUGUUUCUCCUGGGUAUUACAGUCGUCCCAACGGAAAUCAAAGGCAAUGGUUAUACAAAAUUUGGGGAGGGGGGGAGGGUAAACAAGGAGCAUUAUGGUCUAUGUGAAAAUGGUGAAUUUGCAAAUCCUGCGGCUGUUACCAGGACGUGUUUUCGGCAUGACGUUACUCGCGCGUCAAGAAGCGACAAUUUCCAAGACCUGAUACAGGGGCACCCAAUGGAUCUGUUCCUCAAAAUAUCUGUUCUUCAGGCACAUUUUUGCUGGCUGGGAGAUGUGAAAGAAAUAAUAGUCCUUGGAAGGAAAGUGUUGCUGGGAAAAGGAUAAUUCAGGGUGUCAGAGGGGAUUUGAAGUCUAGAAUAGCUGCUACGGGUUACUUGUAUGGGUUACUUACCACUCAAGAUCUGAAUUGUGCCCUAUGAAACUUCCCAGUAAGUCAGGUUGCAGGUUGUAAGGUUGCUGGCUGGGAACUCUUCCAUCAGUCUUGCUGGGAGUGAGGAACAGAUAAUUUUUUUCCAGCAAUCUCCCAAAAUGCGUAACAUAGUCUCAGAAAACUUUAUUCACGCUUUGUUGUUGUUUUUAGGUCUUUUUCUCAAAAUUUCCCGUUGGGUGCCCCUGCUGAUAAAUACACAGGUCAAUGUUGUUGUCGGAAGUCCGUUUCAUUGGCUGUUUAAACGUUUCAGGAAAAUUGAUUUUGCGUCUGUAAUUAGUGGGUGUUCAGUAAUUUUGUGGGUAGGCGUUUUUGUCCUCGUCCCCCUUGCCGCCUCCCUCUUUCUUACAUUUCUUUCCCUAGUUCAAUAUUUACAUGUUUCCAAAAAUAAUACUGAAAAAGCUUUUGAAAAGAAGCGCCUGACUCCUCUUUAGGCUAGUUUCAACCCAAGUACCAUACCUGUUUUAAAAACCUGGACCGGCUGCUAGCUUUAUAACUAUAACUAACCAUAUCUGCUGUUAUGAUUCACUUUCAGCUUCGAGCUACAGUCAAAUUAGAGCGAAAAACGAGGUAAGUAAUCAGCCACAAGUGUGUGGUGCACUUUACGCCAUUCCCUUUCUAGCCUGGUAGUCUUGGUAACGAAAAAACGCUGAACUGUGACUAGUCCCUUUUAAGACAGUCGAGCUGAGGCUUGGCAGGACUGGAGAGAGUGGAAGAAGCGAAAUAAAGCAGUGAGCAAAGUCUACUUUUCUCGUUCAUCAGCAUUAAUUUCUUCCCAUGUGAAUUCUACCUUUAACCCGAGCCUUUGUUUCUCAAAGAGAGGCAGAACUUGACCAAAACAUUACAAAUUUACUUUCGAGGAGGACUCGGAAAAAAAUCCGAGGCCCAGAUGGGAUUUGAACCCACGACCCUCCGUGAUCUAGUCGGAUGCUCUAACCACUUGAGCUACUGGAGACUCUAUGGUGAGCAAGGGCCAAUUUGUGGGUCUCGACUGGAACCGCAUCACGCGGCUACACAGCCAAGUAAUGACUGGCACACAAGAACGCAUCUUGGAUAUGCUUUAAGGUGACAGCGCGAUACUGUUAGUGAGUUCUUUUGUGCCAGUCAUUACUUGGCUGUGUAGCCGCGUGAUGCGGUUCCAGUCGAGACCCACAAAUUGGCCCUUGCUCACCAUAGAGUCUCCAGUAGCUCAAGUGGUUAGAGCAUCCGACUAGAUCACGGAGGGUCGUGGGUUCAAAUCCCAUCUGGGCCUCGGAUUUUUUUUCCGAGUCCUCCUCAAAAUUAGUAUCAUGUUGUUGUUGUUUCAUCUUUAAUAAAUUUACUUUCGUCGCUAAAUAACGGCUUAAUCAGUACUUUGUCUCUCCAGUAAAUAGGGUCGUUAAACAGCCGUGCCUAAUCAUAAAAAUUCUUGUUUGUGUUGUUCCCUUCUUGGCGUUUCUCCAUUUACAGCUUAUUCAUAUCAUAUCAUUCCAAAGAAUUUAAUUAGUGUCUUUCUUUAUUGCUUUUCAGGCUUUAAAAGCCGCAUUAAUGAAAUACUGUCAGGAGGGAAUGCUUCAACCCUUCCCUAAGGAACGCAAACAACUCAACAAAGUUGCUCAUUGAGAGGAUACUCAAGUCCAUUUACUCUACCUACAUCAUAAUGUCGCUGAAUCUGUAUAUUUCGCCUCUUGACUCUGGACCCGUUACUUUUUCAGUAAAAUGUACAAAUUAUUAUCGCCUCUGAACGUACAAGCAUCGACGUAAUAUAGGAAAACUUAACAAUCGUGAUUCACGGAGAUCUAAAAAUAAUUGAAAUGAAAAAUCAAGAGAAGUUCGUGCAUCUGUCCUUUUUUCUUUGAAGGUUAGGUGCAGGAAUUAUACGUUGAAGAAAAAGGUGUGUCGUGCUUGUCACGAUCCUUAAUUUUCACGUGAUCUUUUAGGUAUGAAAGUUGGAAUCACUUAUGCGAUUUACGGUUUUACUUUGAUAAAAGUUCGUCGGGAAAGUUACUUGGUCAUUCUUAGCCACCACUUUAAGACACGCUGAACGAUUAUUGAAGUGUGUCGACUGAAAACGUUGUAAUUUGUUUCUUGAAACCGGGCUUUUCCUAUGCUAUUCUCUAUGCUAUCUCCCUUAAUAUUACUCUCCUACCUCGAUGUACCACAAAGCGGGAGAAUUAAAAUACUACUAAAUAUAUAGAUUUAGUCAAGCCUAAAAGCGGAGCUUCGUUAAGUACUACUCAUUUCUUGAAAUAGAAAAUCCAUCAAAAGAAAUAAGCAGAUCGUUACUUUCGUAAGGGC